GCUGAAAAACAGAGUGGGUACUCUCUUCUGGGAAGCUGGCAACAAAUGGAUGAUGUGAUAUACGCAUUCCAGGGGAAGGUAAAUUGUGAUGCUUCUGAACCCAUGGUCAGUUAACGAGGCAGUUUCUAGCUACUGCACGUACUUUAUAAAGCAGGACUCUAAAAGCUUUGGAAUCAUGAUGUCGUGGAAAGGGAUUUACUUUAUACUGACUCUGUUUUGGGGAAGCUUUUUUGGAAGCAUUUUCAUGCUGGGUCCCUUUUUACCUUUGAUGUUUGUAAACCCAUCUUGGUAUCGCUGGAUCAACAACCGCCUUGUGGCAACAUGGCUCACCCUACCUGUGGCAUUAUUGGAGACCAUGUUUGGUGUAAAAGUGAUUAUAACUGGGGAUGCAUUUGUUCCUGGAGAAAGAAGUGUCAUUAUCAUGAACCAUCGGACAAGAAUGGACUGGAUGUUCCUGUGGAAUUGUCUGAUGCGAUAUAGCUACCUCAGAUUGGAGAAAAUUUGCCUCAAAGCCAGUCUCAAAAGUGUUCCUGGAUUUGGUUGGGCCAUGCAGGCUGCUGCCUAUAUCUUCAUUCAUAGGAAAUGGAAGGAUGACAAGAGCCAUUUUGAAGACAUGAUUGAUUACUUUUGUGAUAUUCACGAACCACUUCAACUCCUCAUAUUCCCAGAAGGGACUGAUCUCACAGAAAACAGCAAGUCUCGAAGUAAUGCAUUUGCUGAAAAAAAUGGACUUCAGAAAUAUGAAUAUGUUUUACAUCCAAGAACUACAGGCUUUACUUUUGUGGUAGACCGUCUACGAGAAGGUAAAAACCUUGAUGCUGUCCAUGAUAUCACUGUGGCGUAUCCUCACAACAUUCCUCAAUCAGAGAAGCACCUCCUCCAAGGAGACUUUCCCAGGGAAAUCCACUUCCACGUCCACCGGUAUCCAAUAGACACCCUCCCCACAUCCAAGGAGGACCUUCAACUCUGGUGCCACAAACGGUGGGAAGAGAAAGAAGAGAGGCUGCGUUCCUUCUAUCAAGGGGAGAAGAAUUUUUAUUUUACCGGACAGAGUGUCAUUCCACCUUGCAAGUCUGAACUCAGGGUCCUUGUGGUCAGAUUGCUCUCUAUACUGUACUGGACCCUGUUCAGCCCUGCAAUGUGCCUACUCAUAUAUUUGUACAGUCUUGUUAAGUGGUAUUUUAUAAUCACUAUUGUAAUCUUUGUGCUGCAAGAGAGAAUAUUUGGUGGACUGGAGAUCAUAGAACUUGCAUGUUACCGACUUUUACACAAACAGCCACAUUUAAAUUCAAAGAAAAAUGAGUAAGAUUAUAAGGUUUACCAUGUGAAAACCUAGGGCAUAUUUUGGAAAUGUUCUAAACCUUUGUAAGCUCAGAUGCAUUUUUGCAUGACUAUGUCAAAUAUUUCUUACUGCCAUCAUUAUUUGUUAAAGAUAUUUUGCACUUAAUUUUGUGGGAAAAAUGUUGCUACAAUUUUUUUUUAAUCUCUGAAUGUAAUUUCAAUACUGUGUACAUAGCAGGGAGUGAUCGGGGUGAAAUAACUUGGGCCAGAAUAUUAUUAAACAACAAUCAUCAGGCUUUUAGCGACAAGGAACACACACAUUUUUCUUAAAGGCCCAAUCCUAACAGACUCCCCAUACCAGAGGCAGAUCUGUAACACGUCAACAACGGCCCGGAUCACAUGCUGUUACUGGACUGCCUAGGUCACCUCACUGAGGUGAACGCUGUCCCUCCAGGUACUCAGGCAGGUGGUGCCCAGGCUCCCUCCCUUGGCAUACUUCUUCCUGCGCCAAACCCAUCUCAUCCUUAAGAUCAGAAAACGGAACCCCCUUGUCGUGAAACCGAUCAAGCAUUUUGACAGGAAGCCCUUCAUUAUUCGUAACAUCGUGUGCUGACCAAGACGUCAAAAGACCACCUGUGCCCUUUUCUCUCGUGGAAGAUAAAACCUGGACUCAGGGAGCAACCACAGGCUCUCCACUUUGAAACUGUAGUUUGAAUUUUAAAAGAUAGGAAGUAAUACAGUUUAAGUUAAGUUCCUUUCUCACACUCAGUAUUGCAUGCAUAGUGCUGGUUUCCUUACAACAUUUUGGCAGGUGUAGCUUUUUCUGUUAAAAAUGGUAUACAUGAAGUCACAUACUUUUUUAAAGGAACACUCAGAACAUUCUGUUAUUCCAGUCAGAAACUGUCUUUUGAAAUAUUUCUUUACAACCUACCAAAAAAGGAAGGUUGUUUUUUCUACAUGUGCAUGGGUAUCUAACAUCUACCAUUAAACCAACAAAUGGCUUGCAGACAGGGAGGUAAUGGUUUAUCCUAAAUUACUCAACCCCUUGUAGCCUUGACAAAUUUUACCUUAAAACCAAAAUAAAACACAAAAAUUAAUCCUUAAUAAUGAUUGAUAGCAAGUGAUCUUUCUUUUUAGUUUUAGCCUUCCUUUUUCAAUAGUAAUAUUUAAACCCACUUUUGACCAGUUGUUUGCCCAAAUAUUCUUGUCAUUUGGAGUCAGUGGAAAAUCCAGCACACCAAGCACCAGUCUCCUUCUGAGGCAAAAGAAAAGUGUUGUCAUUUUCACUCUGUUGGAGCUGCACACUUUCUUUUUUUUUUUUUUUUUUGUCAUGUAAGAGGGAUGCUGGUCAGAGCUGCAGAAAAUAUGAGGCAAUUAAAAGUCUUUAGCUGUUAGCAAACCUGUCAGUUUUACUUCUGCAUUGAACCAGCCUCAGAAGCUACUUACUGCUUUAUGUACUCUUUGGGCAUGAAUGCCUUCUCUGUAAUUAUAUCUCGUUUUUGCUUGACAGUGACCUACCCAAUAAUUGCAUCGUAAAUUGCCAUGAAAGGUAAACACAUCGUGAACUGAUCUUACCAAGCAGAUUCUGUGAGAAAGCACUGGUGGAGGCUGAACACUGUUGACACAUCAUUUUUAUUUAAAGAGUAUUAACUGGUGCAUCUUCUGAAACACACCAACCCAUAUUCCUCUGCUCCCCCAAAGCUGUUUCUGAUCCUGCUGGGAGCAACUAACUAGUUACGCACAUCUGCUCCAGACCCAGCUCUUUAACUUCACGGUUUUACGGCUUGUUUUUUUUUCUUUAUUUUCUUUUUUCUUUUAAAAAGCACCUUUUUUUGUUGUUUCCCCUUAAUAAAAGAGGUUCCUAAUUUAUGUUUCUCUAAGAUUUCCUUUGGUUGUAUUUAGAAACACAAAUAGUUUUAUAAUCAGGAUUGCAUUUGUACUGGGUAAAAGAGGCGAGCUGUGCUUUCUACCCCAAAGUUGUUGGUAAUGGAGCCCGUCUGCCCUUCCUACAGACUCAAGAGGCUCAUUGUUCAAGGUGUAACAACAUUUAAUUGCAUGUCCUCUAACGCUUUGAAACCUUUAGAAGAGAAAAUCCUCGUUUUUUACACUUUUGUUCCUUUUCAUCAUAGAAAACAUGUUUAAGAUAAAAUACAAACUUUACCUACCCCGAAUUCAUAAAGUACAUUUAGUGCUGUAUAGCACUAAAACUUAGAGAUAUAGACAGUGUACUUUCUUUUUAAGAAUUAGAGACAGUAACUCCAAAAAUAAUUGUCCUUUUUUCUUUUUUUUUUUGCAAUAAGCCUCUUGAAAAUUGUCAUUAUUUGUGUUUUCCUAUACAUUCAUCUGUGUGAAAGCCUUUUUCUUCUUUGAUUUAAAAAAAUUAAAGAACUAUACAGUUAAUGGUUUAGAACUUAGAACUACUUAGAAUUAAUACUAAAGUGUCAGGAAGAAAUUAAUUUAGCUUCAAUAAUUGUGACUGGCCUCAGGAAUUCUCCCUUCCACACCUGCCCACCUCACCUCACCUCACCUCACCGCACCGCACCGCACCGCACCGCACCGCACCAGAGCCAGAGCAGCUGUUUGUCUGCAGCAGGACACAUACGCACUUUCAGUUCUUUCAUGGUAAGCUCAAUGGACUUUGAAUUGUUUACAGUGCUAUAUGUCCAAUUGUUAAAUGUACCAUUCUGAACGAUGUUAAAGCAAGUGUGGUUUAUUUAUGACAUGAACCAUGCAACUUGAAAUAUGAACUUACAAGGAGGGGCACUCAUUAGGUAACAAGUUCUUACACCAAACUUCCUUGAUGAAAUAAGCCAAAAUAAUCCUAAAAUUCAUUAGAAGAACUUGAUAAAAGACUCAUAAAUGUUAGAAAGAGCCCAUAAUUUUAGGACUUCUAUAAAAUUCUUCCUUGUUUGUUAAUGCUAUUAAAACUCAGAUUCAAGGGAAAUACCAGCUUCCACUUGAGUCACUUUGAAAUUAGUUAAUUCAACAGCACCAUGUUAGAAAUCAUAUAUUGGCAGCAAGACUCUGAACUCUGCAGAAACAUUUGUUUCACCCAGACUUCAAACUCUAGCCCGGACUAUGAUGCCCCGGUGUGCAUUUACAAUAAAGACUCCAACGGAGGGAGCCUGUUGGUGUUAAAUUGUUUACAUUUCUUUAUACAAAUAAUGUGCUUUCAGUGCCUUAGUUACAGCUCCCUUUCUUUUUCUUGUUCCAAGGAUUCUGUAGUAUGUAGUGUGUUCUUAGGUAAAGUCUCUUUUUGCUACCGAAAGGGAAAUGGUCUAUAAACACUGGUCACUGUAGCAGGUAAACACUACUCUAACGUGGAAAAGUGAGCUUCAUGCUGAGGUAGUGGUUGCCUUAGAGCUGUUAUUUAUGCUGUAGAAAACAAAAAUGGUUUUGCUACCUGAUAAGCUUCAGAUUAGAUAUAGCCCUAAAGUUAUCCUGUACCUACAUUAAAUUUUCAUUUCAGAAGAGAAUCUUGGUUUUGGUAAUUCAUGUUUUUUUUUAAGAUCAUUAUGUGCAAAACAACAAGUUUUAAAAAUAACUCACAGAAUGGCCUUAGUUUUCAAUGUCUGAUGGUAUAUUUGUGAGUUGUGUUAUCUGUAAUAUACAUCCCAGAAUAAAGGAGUGAAUUAAAUAGUUUA